CACUCGGAAGUACGUCAUCGGACCGAGACUUUUCCUUCUCCCCGAAAUGACUCGCCAGUGAGUUUUCAAUCAGUCACUCUACUACCUCAGCUGGGCGGGUUUUUUGUUUUUACAUGCCGUACAACAAGAUGGUCAACCCACUCCUGAGAUGGUUCUCUUGUACGGAAACGGGGCGGCUCGCUUCGUUUAAUCUUUUCCCAGAGUUCCUUUAGGCACCACCUCAUUUCCUGCUUGAGGAUGGCGGCAGCGGCGGCGGCGGGGGGCCGCUCUUUGGUGCAAUAUGUGGUGCUGAGGGGCGACUUGUUACGCGAGCCUUUCUCGUGGCCGUUGGGGGCCUCGGUGGCUCAGGCCUGCCACGCGGCCUUGGCCGUGGUCCACGCGUACUACGAGCAUCCAGACACCGCGGCUUAUCUAGCCCAGGAUGGCAGCAUGAGGACCGUGGUGCUGGAGGCUCCAGAUGAGUGUGCCUUGAGUACAUUAGCAGAGAGACUGCAACAGAAUGACAUUGAUCAUAAAGUCUGGAUAGAACAACCGGAAAACAUAGCUACUUGCAUUGCCCUCCGUCCCUACCUGAAAGAACAUGUACAUCAGCAUCUAAAGAAUUUCAAACUCCUGAAAUGAUCCUUUUCCUCUGUUGCCAUGAACAUAGUUGACCAGAUAAAAGGAUAAUUCCCUUGGUUUUUUUCACAGCCUUCCUUUGCAAUAUAAUAAUUGUGAGAUGCAAGCAUUUACUUCAAUCAGAGUAUUUCAUAAAGAUGGGAUUGAUAUCAUUAGGAGGCAAGGGAUUUCAUGAUGUAGCAUAAGACAAUUUUCUCAAUUUAAGGGGAAACGUUUGGUGCCUUAAUAUUAUUAAAAAGUGGAUUCAGGAUAUUAACCUGAAGUUGCUUUAUUGGUGAGAUGGAAGGCAUAUAAAUUUAAUAAACAAUAAAUCAUU